GGCGCCGGGAGAGUCGCUCUCGGUCCCGGUCUCGCUCCCGUUCCCGCGUCCACGGGUAGAUGGGGUUGUGAGAUAGUCGACAUUGCGGCAUGAAUGGCCGUCUGUAACACUAACCGAGCCAUGGCAGCACGCCAGGCUAAUGGCUUCAGAGAUUCCCAAAAGACUCUAGAUUACACUACAUUGACUCAUGCAGCCAAAGAGGAGAUAAAAGCUUUUCUCAUUAAUGAAGAUGAGUUGCACCAGAUUGAUGAUCUGACUAAAGUCAACCCAGUAACAACUGUCACAGUUUUAAAAUGUCUCCAGGCAAGAUAUGCAGCUGGUGUUUUUUACACUAAUGCGGGUUGUACAUUAGUGGGUCUAAAUCCAUUCCAGUCUGUGCCAAACUUGUAUUCCUCUGAGGUCAUGAAAGAAUACCACAAUGUGACUCGACCACAGGAAUUGAAACCUCACAUCUUUGUGGUGGCUGAACAAGCCUUCAGGAAUGUACAGAGUCACAUUGAACCAAUUAACCAAUCACUAAUAGUCAGUGGAGAGAGUGGUGCUGGAAAGACCUGGACGUCGCGUUGCCUUAUGAAUUACUUUGCCACAGUUGCUGCCUCAAACACUUCUAUAAAGUGCCAAGAAAAUGUGGAACGAAUAGAAAAGAGAGUAUUGGACUCCAAUCCAGUGAUGGAGGCAUUUGGAAAUGCAUCCACGCUAAGGAAUCACAACAGUAGCCGAUUUGGAAAGUACAUCCAACUCCAUUUAGACAGAUCUCAGCAGUUGCAGGGAGCUUCUGUGCAAACUUACCUAUUGGAGAAAACACGAGUUGCCUACCAAGCUCCUCAUGAAAGAAAUUUUCACAUUUUUUAUCAGAUAGUGAAAGGAGCCACUGAGAAACAGAAAUCGGAAUGGGGUCUUUCUGAAGCCACAGAGUUCUUCUGGUUACCAAAUUCUGAGAAGGUUUUAGAAGAGAAACAGUUUGAUGAAACCAAAAAUGCAAUGCUGCAUUUGGGUAUUGAUCACGACACACAACUUAAUGUUUUCAGGAUUUUGGUUGGUCUUCUGCAUCUUGGCAAUGUGCAGUUCAGCUCUCCAGUGGAUGACUCUUAUCCUUGUGAUCUCAAGGCAGAAGCUAAGAGCUUUCUUUCAACCACUGCAAAUCUGCUGAAAAUUUCUGAGGAAGUCCUUUUGGAACAGAUCAGAAUUCGAACUAUAAAAGCAGGCAGGCAGCAACAAAUCUUUAAAAAACCAUGCUCAAAAAUGGAAUGUGAGACAAGAAAGGACUGUGUAGCCAAAGUUAUUUAUGCAAAGCUGUUUGACUGGCUGGUAAAUGUUAUAAACGGCUCUAUUUGUUCACAUUCUUUUGGAUGGACCAAUUUUAUAGGUCUUCUAGAUGUAUAUGGAUUUGAAUCAUUUCCACAAAAUAACCUGGAGCAACUUUGCAUUAACUAUGCAAACGAGAAACUCCAGCAGCACUUUGUUGCACACUAUCUUAAGGCACAGCAGGAAGAAUAUACCUCGGAGGGUUUAGAGUGGUCCUUUAUCAAUUACCAAGAUAACCAGAGGUGUUUGGAUCUGAUUGAGGGGAGUCCCACCAGCAUAUUCUCCCUUUUAAACGAGGAGAGCCGUCUUAAUCGAAAUUCAGAUGAAAACCAAUUCAAAACCCGCUUACAGACAGCUUUGGCAAAUAAUCAUUGUUUGAGCUGGAAUGUGUUCAGCAAGGUUCCAAACUUCAUUGUUGCUCAUUAUGCUGGAAAGGUCAACUACCAGAUUGGGGGAAUGCUGGAAAAGAACAAGGAUCCUGUACCAUCAGAGCUGGUGCAGUUGUUGCAGACAUCCCAGGAUGCCCUGAUGAUGGAGCUAUUUCCCAUUGAAGAGAAAGAACACAAUGACACUAAAGUUCAGAAUAAAGCAUUUACUGUGGUCUCCAAAUUUAAGGGUUCACUCGAAAGUCUCAUGCAUAUUUUGAACAGCACUACACCUCACUACAUCAGAUGCAUCAAGCCUAAUAUGGAUUGCAAGCCUUUUCUUUUCAGAUCAGAGGAGAUUUUUACCCAGCUAGAAGCCUGUGGUUUAGUUGAAACAGUUAGCAUAAGUGCGGCUGGGUUCCCCAUUAGAGUCCCAUACCAGCAUUUUCUGGAACGUUAUGGACUUCUGGGAAAAUACAGCCAAGCCAAUUUACAAAAUACACCAAGCAUUAAUGGAUGCUUUUUUACAAAAAAACGAAAAGGUGCACUAUCAACAGAUGGCAGCAGUGAGACACUGCAGUCCACUGUGCAGGACAUUCUCACUAAUGUAUUAGCUGGUCAAAGUGUAUCAUCGUUCCGGAACCCAGCUGUGAAUGGGUUGUGUCGCACAAAAGUGCACUGUGGCAAAACAAAAUUGUUCAUGACUCACAAUAUGCUUGAACUGCUUGAACGUGCAAGAAUUCAAACACUUUCCAGUAAGGCACUUUGUAUUCAACAUAGCUGGCGUAAAUACUGCCAGAGAAAAUUAGCACGAUCAAGGCAAGCUGCAACUAUCAUUCAGGCAGCUAUUAGAUCGUGGUUGACCAGACGAUGGAUUAAGAAACUACAUCAUUCUGCCAUGGUGCUACAAAGAGUGUGGAAAGCCCGGAAGAUUAAAAUGGAAACCUUGGCAGAAAAGGAAUUGGAUAACCCAACAUACUUUAAAGACAUGGAAUUAAUUCCCGGUUCUACGUGCUCAUCUUUAUCGCCAGUACGACAUGAGUUAUUAAAUAAGUGUUCUCAAUCUAUUCCAUUUCAAAAUCUAAAAUUGCGCUCCUGGCCUCUGGGUUUGAUUCUGUCACCUUUCUGCAUUACUGGAAUAGCUCCAUCAGCAUCUGAAUUUCUUAAGGCUUGUACUCGACUGGCAGCAUUGAAGGUGAAGUGGAGAAAUACCCAUAAAUUAGAACAUAAUCAGUGUCAUCGGGGUAUUGCUUCUAUUCGAGCAUUGCCUGAGGUGCAAGUAAAGUUCCAUUGCAAACGAUCUCCACUGCUUUUUGCUGACACUUACCCGGAACACCAAAAGUGCAUAAUCAUUGGUUUUAACCAGAUCUUAUUGGAAAAGCUAUCAGAUCAUGAUUUUAUUUUUCCCUGAUAAAAAUGACUCCAUAUUAUCAGUGAAGUGCCUGCAAGAUCAAGAUCCCAUGGUCCUGAGCAGUUUAGUCAAGUAGGUUUAAUUAGCAAGGGAAAACAUGGUUACUAUUUUGAUAUUGUGAUUGUGCACUUUGAGAUAGUUACUCAUCUAUUUUCCACUGCAGUUUCCUUUAUUCCUGAACAACCUUCCAUGUGUGCUGAAAUCUAAAGAACAUCCUUGCUUUCACUUCCUGCAAUCCUAAAUGUCACCAUUAACGUGGAGAAUUGAGGGAUUUGCGUCUUUUAAUUUGUUGCUAUUAUUUGUAUCACCAGCUUACUACAUACAUACUUUGUUAAUAUUACAUAUGUGGACUUGAUUGUUCACAGGAAAUCUGUAUUCAAAGAAACAACCAUAUGUAUUAAAGUAAUACAAACAAAAUGCUGGAGGAACUCAGCAGGCUAGGCAGUAUC